AUGUCUCACGAGUCUGUCUGGAACUCCCGCCCCCGCAACUACGGCAAGGGCUCCCGCUCUUGCCGUGUCUGCAAGCACACCGCCGGUCUCAUCCGCAAGUACGACCUCAACCUGUGCCGUCAGUGCUUCCGUGAGAAGGCCAAGGACAUCGGCUUCAACAAGGUAUGCGAAACACAGAUAACCCUGGGGACCUACGAUCGACUUUGGCCUGAGCCUUUUACCCCUCUACCGUUAAAUUGUCCAAAACUCCGAGACGGCAAAGGAUGGGAACUUGGUGAAGGUGGUUGGGCAUGA